AUGUUUGCCUCCAGGGUUGCUAUCAACUUUGAGAUCUCGCGAUUAUAUUUUAACGCGCCCUUCCACAUCUCGUUCGGAGAUUUACGGGCCCAUCCUCCAGGUGAUUCCGGGGUCCGCUUGCUCCACAGUGGAGCCGGGACCCCACCGCACCUCGGGCUGGGUCCCGUCACGACACCGAGUCCAUCGUUGGAAAGCCAAGGAACGUGGGAGAAAGGAGUUCAGUGCCUGAACCUGGGGAGCCGCGGAGCGGUUGGUGGAAUUUGA